AUUGCGGGAUAUACCCUGAACAUUAAACUGUCAAUUUUUUUCCCUUGUAACCUAACUUUUUUGUGGCCUAUUGUGCCCCAAAAUGACCGUGCAACUGAAACCCGGGGACCGUGUCCUCCUUGAAAACCGUUCUUCUGAGGUUUACGCGGGUACAAUUGAAUAUAUCUCUGCCAAAAGUGUGAAUCUCCAUACCAUAACCUGCCACAGCACCAAUAUCGAAUAUGAGGGCAAUAUGACCUUCUAUCGCAACGAAGUUGUGAAAAUUGUGCCUAUUUCUGACACCGAACCUGCUUCCACCCCCGAUGAGACGCCUGAGGUGUCGGAAGACUCUCUUCUAAGGUCGCGAAAAAUUAACAUGCACCCGGACGAAUUCGCUCGUCUGAGACAAGUUACGUUUGAUUUUGUGUUCAUCGACACGUUUGGAACGCAAUUUGAGAAUGCGGUUGAGGUUUUGAACAAUCGGGAAUCCGUGGCAGUGGCUGUGUUAGGGAAUUACGGGAGGAACAAACCGAUGAGUGUGUUGGUGAUGGCUGACUUUAAGCAAGUUUUUAUCUUCGAUAUGUUGUGUUUGGGGAAAUUGAAAACGCUGAGGGAGGUUUUAGAGUCGGGGUAUAUAUGUAAAGUGGUGCACGAUGGGGGCGCACUGUUCGAUUGCCUCUACCACAAGUAUGGAGUGGAAAUGAAAAAUAUUUUUGAUACACAGGCUGUUGAUUCCAUGUUAUCAAAGGAAAAUGACGAUGUUGAAAUUAAACGGAACAUUAGUGAGUGUCUCACUUAUCAUUUCAAUUUUCCGGCGGCACUGCUAUCAGCAGUUUUGGAAACUAUGAAUGAUAAAACGUGGUUUAUAAGGCCCUUGACAAAGAGUGACAAAAUUAAAUCGGCCCAAUUAGUUGCGUAUUUAUUGAGUCUCAGAGACCAGCUUAUGAAGCAAAUAUUAAAAAAAUAUACAGACGUGAUAGCGAAAGACUAUGGAAGAUAUAAACAAAUGAGUGAUAUAGAAGUGUUGAAGUUGCGGAAACAAUAGACUGAAUACAAAUUAUGAUUUGCUCUUCCGAGAAUUUCUUAUCCAAAAAUAAAUAAUUAAGACCUUCUGGGAAAUUUUAGGCCAGUUAGCUACUGGUUAGUAAGCGGCAUUUAUGACCCAAGGAUUAACUCAAAUUACAGGUAAAAGGAACGCCUAAUAUAAAGCCAAGAAGGUUUAUUGCGCACCCCUUUCAUGUUUCGGGUGCAGCGAGUUGAUUUUUCGAACUUUUACGUUUAUACUUUUUUAAAUUUUGUAAACAAUGCCAAGUUUUUGUGUUGUUAUUAUUAUUAAUAAAUAAAUUAGUUACUGACAUAUUGUGGUGAAAAAUAAAUCAUUAAUCCUUGAAGAAGAAAAAAAAAUAAUAAUUUUUUUUUUAUUCCGGGUAACUAUAUUGGUAACACUAAAUUAUUGUUAUUCUUGUUAGUUUUAUGAGCCUUUUGUGCAAAAAAAAUAAACAAAGUUGAAGACGUUUGUAAGCUGUGAUUUUAUUAAAAAUGUGCUUUAAAAAAUAAUACACCUAUAUGUACCGUUUAAACAAUUAUUGUUCUCUUUAAGGUUUUUUGGCACUAAAUUUAUAAUUUCUCAAUAAUAUUGUUGAUUAUAUUUUAUAAUUAUAACUAAUAAAUGGACUGAUAAUAUAAUUGCACAGACGCUGUACUGAUAAUUGGUGGGUGUUUUUUUUAUGAAAAAAGCCUAAAUAAAUGAGAAUCCGCAUUAGCGUUUAUUUGUUCUCAUGAUUCUUUGUUUUGUCGCUCUCUAAUGAUUACAGUCGUAACUAUAACGCAGUUCUUUUUUGUAUUCGAUCUUAAAAAAUGUAAAUGUGCUGUUGUCAUUUUUUAAACGUUUGAAAUGCAAUUAUAAAACCCAAGGUUGUGCCCCAAUAUAUUUUUAAUGUAAUAAAAGUUUAUUUCGA